AACCAAUGGAUUGUAGGAAAUUCUAGUGACCCGUUGGCAAUUACAAUUUGCUUUUCACACUUAUUUAAUAAUUGUUAUAUUGAUUAUUUUAGUUUUUUGUUUUGUUUAAUCGGAUAAUCUUUCAUCCUUCUUUGGGGUCAAUUGACUAGCUAUUUUGGUUGUGCUCUGGAUUUGUUUUUAAAUAAGUUACCAGCAUGACAACUACUCAAGCAGAUUCUAUUUGCUACACCAUUAUUAAUGCACCCAUUGAUAGUGAAACUGUUAAUGAACAGAAUUUAAGAAAUGCUCUUGAGAAAGGAGACGUCAAAGAAAAAGUAGAUGCCCUGAAGAAGUUAAUUCACUUGAUUUUGAGUGGAGAGAAGUUUUCUCCUCGCAUGUUGAUGACCAUCAUUCGAUAUGUUUUACCUUCACAGGAUCAUGAGAUAAAGAAACUUCUCCUCAUAUUCUGGGAAAUUGUACCUAAACGUGGAACAGAUGGUAAAUUGCUGCACGAGAUGAUUUUAGUUUGUGAUGCAUAUCGUAAAGAUUUACAGCAUCCUAAUGAAUUUUUACGAGGAUCGACUUUAAGAUUUUUAUGUAAGCUUAAAGAACCUGAGUUGAUUGAACCAUUAAUGACAUCAAUAAGAACCUGUCUGGAACACCGACAUUCAUAUGUUCGCCGAAAUGCUGUUUUGGCUAUUUUCAAAAUCUAUAUCAACUUUGAGCAAUUGAUACCUGAUGCCCCAGAAUUAAUUCUCGAAUUUAUUUCACGAGAAACCGAUGCUAGCUGUAAACGCAAUGCUUUUCUAAUGUUAAUCCAUUUGGAUCAAAGUAAAGCUCUUGAAUAUUUAAAUUCAUGUCUAGAUCAGAUCACUAGUUUUGGUGAUACUCUCCAAUUGGUCAUUGUAGAAUUAAUCUACAAAGUUUGCAUUGCAAAUCCCAACGAACGAUCAAGAUUCAUUCGAGCAAUUUAUAAUCUAUUGAACACAUCUACCUCACCUUCAGUUAGGUAUGAAGCCGCAGCAACUUUGAUAACCUUAUCACAAGCUCCUACUGCCCUCCGAGCUGCUGCCAACUGUUUCAUUGACUUGUGUUGCAAGGAAAGUGAUAAUAAUGUAAAGCUUAUCGUUCUUGACCGAUUGAUUGGUUUAAAAGACUCCACUUCUGGAGCUGAAAAGGUUCUGCAAGAUGUUCUUAUGGAUAUAAUAAGAAUUCUGAGUUCUGCCUCUGAUCUAGAAGUCAAGCAGAAAAUUCUGGCCUUAGCACUUGAUCUCAUAUCUUCUCGUAAUGCUGAAGAGAUGGUUCACUUGUUGAGGAAAGAGCUACAGAAAACACAGAAUGAAUCAAUAAAUAAUAAUGAAGAUACCAGUAACUAUCGCCAAUCCUUAGUGUCAACUUUACAUAAAAUUUGUCUAAAAUAUCCUGAUGUUCUCAUCUCGGACCAACUUAUUACAACACUGUUCGAAUUUCUUUCCAGUGAUGAUCAACCAACAGCAACAUUAGUUUUUAACUUUGCUCGGGAUUACAUAUUUAAAAAUCCUCAGCACAAAACUCUUUUGGUUACCAAAGUUUUAGAAGUUUUUGGAUCAGUUAAAAAUUGCCAAGUCCAUCGACCAUUGAUUUGGCUAUUAGGUGAAUAUUGUGAGGAAACUGAACCAGAAUUAAUUCAAGAAGCAAUGACAACUAUUCGAAACAGUUUGGGAGAAAUACCCAUUGUUGAAAGUGAAUUAGCCCAAAUCGAAACCAAUGAAACUGGUGGUGAAAACGUCAACAGUAAUGAUACCGGAGGGCCUACAAAAUUAGUUACUGCUGAUGGAUCUUAUGCUACUCAAUCAGCUUUGAGUGUUUCAUCUCGAACGGAUGGCAAAAAGCUACCACCUCUUCGCGAAUACUUUUUAAAUGGCGACUUCUUCGUAGCUUCAGCUUUGGCUAAUGCUCUUGUUAAACUGGCUUUCAAGUUCAAGGCGGCUAAAAUGUCUCAUCCAGAUUCUGAUUCCUUAAGAAAAGUGAAUUCAUUUAUAGCUGAAUGUAUGCUGAUUCUUACUUCCAUUCUUCACCUUGGAAAGGCUCGUACAUCAGGUUUGCUUCCUAGUACAGAUAAAACAGAAAGAUCAAUAAGCGAGGAUGAUUUCGAUCGAAUAGCUCUUUGUCUUGUCGUCUUAUCGCAAAUGUGUUCAGAAGGGCAAUCUGAAAAUGUUACAAGUAUCAUGAAACGUUUAUUCAUUAACGAAAUGAGAGAAUGUCUCAAUCUGAUGUUACAUGCUAAUCCAUGUAUUGAAGAAGAUGUAAAGGACAAGAAGAGAGAAAAUAAAUUCGUUGAAGUCGAUGACCAUCUCAAUUUCUCCCAACUGUUGGGCAAGAACCAGGAAAUGUUUGAAAAUCAAUUUGAACUUUCAUUGUCUCAAGCUUUAAGUGGUAAUGUUGGUGCAACAGCGACAUCAAUAACACAUGGAAAAACGACUAGCAUUGCAAACCUUCUGUCAGCUUCCAAGCUUUCCAAAGUUACCCAGUUAACUGGCUUCUCCGAUCCAGUAUAUGCUGAAUGUUACGUUAACGUAAAUCAAUAUGAUAUCUGUCUUGAUGUUUUGAUCGUUAAUCAGACAAGUGAUGUUUUACAAAACUGUACCCUCGAAUUAUCGACUUUGGGCGAUUUAAAGCUUGUUGAAAGACCUCAACCAGUUGUUUUAGCACCUCAUGAUUUUGCUAAUAUAAAAGCAACAGUUAAAGUUACUUCCACUGAAAAUGGUAUUAUCUUUGGUAACAUAGUUUAUGAUGUCAGUGGAUCUACCUCAGAUCGUAACAUUGUUGUAUUAAACGAUAUUCACAUAGAUAUUAUGGAUUACAUCGUGCCUGCUAGUUGUGAUGAUCACCAAUUCCGUAAGAUGUGGGCAGCCUUUGAAUGGGAAAAUCGUGUCACCGUUAAUACACCAAUAUCUGAUCUUCAAGAAUAUUUAAGACGCUUAAUCAAAUGGACUAAUAUGAAAUGUUUAACUCCACAACAGGCACUAUCAGGAGACUGUAGUUUCCUGGCUGCCAACCUUUACGCUAAAUCAAUUUUCGGAGAAGACGCUCUUGUCAAUGUUAGCAUUGAAAAAUCUACACCUGAUGGAAAAGUUACCGGAUUUGUUCGAGUCAGAGCUAAAUCUCAAGGAAUGGCACUUAGCUUAGGGACUAAAAUUCAUGAUACACAGAAGAUUGCUACUGCUGCUUGAAUCUAUAUCAAUUCAAAAUCAGGAUUAAAAUAUAAAAAAACGAAUCAUAGAUUCUUUCACAAAAGUCAUGUAUGUUUCCAUUUCAAAUGAUUUAGUUCACAAGUGGUGCUCGCUUGAAACCGAUAUUUGUAUUAUUCUUUUAAUUAAAUUGUCGAAUAUGGUUUGAAA